AUGGUGUAUUGUGGAAAAGCCUCGCAGGGCUGCCAGAAUUGCCGUGUACGACGUAUCAAGUGUGACAAAAUAAAGCCAGAAUGCUCGCAAUGUAUUCGAGUUGCGAAGAAGUGUCCUGGGUAUCGCGAUCAGCUGUCUCUCAUGUUCCGCGAUGAGAGCAGCAAGGUUAUACAAAAGGCACAUGCGCAAUGGGGUGUUGGCGAUGCUGUGUCCGAGGAACUCACAACACAAACUUCGUCCAGCUCUCUUGCUUCAUCCUAUGCAUCUAGUGCUUCAACCCAAGCUUCGUCCGUCUCCGCCUCCUCCUCUAUGGUUUCUCUGCACAACCACUCUGGUCCCUCGUCGGAUGUAUCCUCCACCAUCUCUUUUAAGUCCGGCUGGCCAGCGUCUCCUGUGUCUACCUCCAGCCAGCGAACCUCAUCACCAGGUCCCCCAUCUCCAUCUUCUUAUCCAUACCGAGAUGGAUCUUCAACCACCAGCACAAUACAGUCUAUCUUUAUCGAGCCGCCUCGGCUUCCGACACCUGUUGAUCUAAGUAUCGAUGAACAGGGCACACAGUUCUACCUCAACCGUUACCUCAUCGGCCACCCCGACGAACCCAGGUCGUCUUCUGAUUUGUCAACCACUGGAUGGCUAUGGGAUCCUGCUGUACAGGACGUAAUGGCUGCUGUUGGUCUCGCUAGUCUCUCGAAUCUCAAGAGUGAUCCCAACAUGAUGACAAUAGCCCGCCAAAAAUAUGGAAUGGCCUUGCGUCAGACGAGGCACCUCAUACAAACUUCAGAGAUGCCAGAUUUUGAGGUGACAAUGCGCUCCGUCGUCAUGCUUGCCAUGUUCGAGGUGUGUGCCCUAACCCCCAAUGCCAUCCGUCACUCCCCUAUGCUUGUCAAGGGAGCACAUCAAGGCAUGGGCCACGUCCACGCACACGUUAUGGGCGGCGUUGCCUUGUUACGGAGAUGGUUGCCCAUCCCCGCAGCAGCCCAUCUAGGCGUUCGUGCUAUGGUGCAAAUGGCUUAUACUCUCUUUAUACCUGCUUAUAUGUCAGCAAUGCCUCUGCCAGACCCCCUCUACGAAUGGGUAGCGUUUGCAAAAACCCUACUUGAGCCUGAAGCUCACCCAGCCACGGAUCUGGGUCCAUUAAUUGGUCGAUUCAUACAGGCAUCGACUUACACCAAAACCCAUACUUUUGUUGACGGCCGGCCUCUUACACUCUCCGCUCUGAAGCAAUUGAUAGAGACCGACGAGUUAUUUGCAGAUUGGGAGCGUGAACUCGGCCCUACCUGGCGGUACCGCACAGAAACAGCUGACCAUCUACCGUCGUCCGCGGUAUUCGACGGUAUGUAUCACAUCUAUUACGACAUGUUUAUUGCCCGCAUGUGGAACCAUUUCCGAUGGGCGCGGACUCUUCUGAACCAGUCUAUCAUUGAGUUUAUAAAAAAAUACCCCAAAUCCAGUUCGCCAUUAUUCUCCCUGGCCGAAUAUGGACGUCGACAUGAGAUCGUAAAAGAUCUCGCCCACGAAACCCUUGUGAGCACUCCAACGCAUUGGCGCCACCCCCUUCUUACCGAAAAAUCGGUCGUGCCCGUCGAGAUGAUGGGAGGAGCGGGCUCGGGCUCGGCUGGGCUGCCUGUUGUUCUAUUCCACCUCCAAGCCGCUGCAUGUGCCCCUGGUGUCCCUGCUGCAAACUGGGACUGGGCCUAUGCAGUGAUGGAGUGCAUAUGGAGUGACAUGGGCAUUCUGCAUGCCAAAUCUAUGAUGGAGGAUUUGAAACUGCAUCGGGACUCGCUAUCGGUCAGGGAAGAGGUGGCCGAAAAAGAAGUGCGGUGA